CUUGCAGGUCGGCUCACCCAACACCCAUAAUUUCUCUGAUUCGCCUCCUCCACUACCACUAGGGCGCUCGCCUCUCCUCCUCUGGCUCUGAUCCACUCUUCUCUCCACGAAAGUACGAGACCAACCAGACCAGUCCAGCCGCAGCACGCAGCCAGCCAGCCAUGGCCGUGGCUUGCGCGUCGCUUGCGGUUGCGGGCAGGUGGGAGAUCGGGGGCCUGUUCACGGAGGCGGAGCUGGCGGUGGCGGACCAGCUCGUGCAACUCAGCGGCAGCGGCGGAGGGGACGAGGAGGCGGCGUCGUCGGAGUCGCCGCGGUCGGUGAACACGUGCGCGGGCGCCGCGGCGUGGGAGGAGCGAGAGGAGGCGGCCGCCGGUCCCGCGCUGGGGGCGAUGGAGCUGGACAGGAGGGCGAGGAAGAGGUACCGCCUCCUGUCCGACGUCUACGCCGCCACGAGGCCGGUGGCCGGCGCCGGCACCGGCGCGGACAACGCCAGGAAGAGGAAGCGGGGUCACGAGCCGACCGAGGCGGAGCCGCGGAGGCGGGUACGACGAUCAGGUAGGUACGACGACGGAGAUCAGUACUUGUAGAAUCUAGAUGGAAUAUUACGGAGGUAGGAGAUGGGAGGGAAGCGCUUCUGUCUGUGUAAUUAUCGAAGAGUAGUAGGGUCUGUUCUGCAAUGUCAGUCUCCUUUAGCUUUUCAAAGUUCUCCUAGUAGUAGAAGAGAAGGGCACAGCAGCCAGCAAACAACAAAGGCAAGCUAGUUUGUACAGAAAGCUGUUGGUCGUACUGCUACGUUUUGAAUUCAAGAUUUGGAUCCGAACUGUGGGGGGUGGGCAGCAAGAUAUUUAUUUUCAGAUCAGAGAUCACG